AUGGUGGACCCGGUGCCUGAGGAGGAGAAGGAAGGCGCCGAGCCCAGCGACGGCUCGGGAGGGGAUGCGGCCGCGGCGUCAGUGCCCCCGGAAGCCCAGGGCGCCCAGCAGCCCGUGGCCUCCUCAGCGUCUGCCUCGGCUGCGGCUGCAGCAGGACCCGGCAAAGCCGAAGUCCCGUGCGCGGCCGAAGGUGGGCGGCGGGAGCAGUCCCCGCUGCUACAUCUUGACCUCUUCAACUUCGACUGUCCCGAAGCCGAGGGCAGCCGCUAUGUGCUGACCAGCCCUCGCUCGCUGGAGGCCUGCGCCCGCUGCGCCGUCAAACCCGUGGAGCUGCUGCCACGGGCCCUGGCCGACCUGGUACGCGAGGCCCCUGGCCGCUCCAUGCGGGUGGCCACCGGCCUGUACGAGGCGUACGAGGCAGAGCGACGCGCCAAGCUGCAGCAGUGCCGGGCCGAGCGCGAGCGCAUCGUGCGCGAGGAGAAGCGGCGCCUCUUCACGCCGUUGGGCCCCGCGGCCGUCGCGGCAUCGGCCCCGAGUGCGGGCAGCAGCAGUAGCUGCAGCAGCGCUAGCCUGCCGGCCUCGCCAGCCCCGCGCGCGCCCCGCAAGGCCUCCUCUAGUCCCUCCCCGGCCCGGACCCAACCUCCGCCCGCGGGCUCUCGGACAGGUAGGAAGAGCCACUCGCUGGACUCUCUUUCCCGUCGGCGGGAGGGCGCGCUCAGCUCCGAAUCCGGCGCGUCCUCCUCGUCCUACAGCGGGGAGAGCCUGCGGGAGCUGCGCUGGCCGCCGCGGGCCUCGGCAAGGAACAGCUAUCCGGCGGGGUCGGCGGCCUCCGCCCCUAACCCUCUGGGCCGCCCUUCCGCCCUGACCUUGGUUCCCAUCACCGGCCGCAGCUUCAGCCUUGGUGACCUGAGCCACUCGCCGCAGACGGCGCAGCACGUGGAGCGCAUCGUGCGUCAAGUGCGCGCCGAGCGCGGCCUGCGCGGGGUGCCCGAACGCGACCGGAAGAUAGCGGCUCUGAUGCUGGCUCGCCAUCAGGAGGAGCGCCUGCUGCUGGAACAGCGCGCCGCGGCCCAUGGGCAGUGGGAGCAGCAGCGCGUGCGAGCCGAGCAGCGACGGGAGCGCGAGGAACGCGAGAAGCAGCGUGCGCUGGAGCAGGGCCGCCGUGCGUGGGCCGCGCAGGUGGAGGAGCGCCGAGGCCGUCGGGGCCGCGAGGAGCGCGAGGCGGCACAGCAGCGGCAGCGGCAGUACGAGCGCAGCGAGGAGCGGCGCCGGGAGCUGGCUGAACGGCAGGGUCUGCUGCGGCGCGAGCGGGUGGAGCGCGCGGCGCGGGAGGACCGGCUGCGCAAGCUGCAACAGGAACAGAAUCUGAAGCAGCGCGAGGAGGGCCUGCAGGAAGGGCGCCAGCGGGCCGAGCAGGUGCGCAGGGAACGUGCCCAGCGCGCGGCCCGCGCCAAGCAGACGCAGGAAGGCCAGCUGCGCCGGGAGAAGCGGGAGCUGAGCCGGGCCGAGCGGGCGCGCCACGAGGCGCUGCUGCAGGGCCGGGCCCGGCAGCAGCGAGAGGAACGAGAGGGCCUGAGGAGCUCCUUGGAGGCCAGCUUGGGCCGCGCGCAGGAGAACUACGAGCAGGUGGUGGAGCAGCGCACCCGGGAGCUGCGGGAGCGGGCCCGGCGGGAGGAACUGCAGGGGAGGCGGGCCAAGGAGGCAGCCGAACGCCAAGAGCGGCAGCACCAGGCGCACUUGGAGGCACUGGCCCGGGCCGGGGAGCGAAGGUUGCAGCACGCGACGCAGGUGGCCGAGGAGGCGGUGCAACAGAAGGCGCGGCGCGCUGUCCAGACUCGGCUGGAGAAAGAACGGACCCAGCGUGCCAACAAGGAGAAGGUGGAGAAGGACGAAGACUGCCGCCGGCGGGAACUGAUUCAGGCCAUCGGGCGCAAGCUGGAGCGCAGCGAGCAGCUGUCGAGGGAGCGGCGCAGCGCGCUGGAGAGCGCCCGCUCCACGGCCCGGGCCUCCUUCCACGUGCGGGAAAAGGUUCGCGAGGAGACCAACACGCGUUCCUUCGACCGCAUGGUGCGGGAAGCCCAACUCCACGCCAGCUUGGAUCGCAAGUGA